CCUCAUGUGAUCCAGCAUAAUCCGCCUUUCUUCCCUUCCAGAAACCUCGCACGGCAGAAGCACAGUGGAAAUGCAGACAAAAGGGGGUCGAACGUGGGUGAGAAGGGCCCUGCUGCUUGGGAUCAUUUGGACCUCUGCAUACUUGCCUCUCCCAGGUGUCUCCCUGCCCCAGCGUCUCCCAAGGGCCACAGAAAAUGGCACCCAAUGUGUUGCUUCUCCAGCCUCGGAAUUUCCUGAAGGGUUUUUCACAAAACAAGAGAGCACGGAUGGAGGCAUCAUAAUCUACUUCCUAAUUAUUCUUUACAUGUUCAUGGCUGUGUCUACUGUCUGUGACAAGUACUUCCUACCCUCCCUGGAAAUCAUCAGUGAAUCCCUUGGAUUGUCUCAGGACGUCGCAGGUGCAACUUUCAUGGCAGCGGGUAGCUCGGCUCCUGAAUUAGUUACUGCUUUCCUAGGUGUAUUUAUCACAAAAGGAGACAUAGGCAUUAGCACCAUUCUAGGAUCUGCAAUUUAUAAUCUCCUUGGCAUCUGUGCAGCUUGUGGCUUGCUAUCUAACAUGGUUUCAACACUGUCAUGUUGGCCCCUAUCCAGAGACUGUGCAGCUUAUGCAGUUAGUGUAGCAGCAGUGCUUGGCAUAAUAGUUGACAACCAAGUUUACUGGUAUGAAGGAGCUUUACUGCUUUUGAUAUAUGGAUUGUAUGUUUUGGUGCUAUGUUUUGAUGUUAAAAUUAGCCAAUAUAUCAUAAAGAAAUGCAGUCCCUGCUGUCCCUGUCUUGCCAUGGAGGAGAGAAGUGAACAACAGACACUGAUGGGAUGGGAAGAUGAGGGUCAAGCAUUCAUUCGUCGGCAAUCAAGAACCGACAGUGGAAUAUUUCAUGAAGAUUCUGGUUACUCCCAGCUUUCCAUAGGUUUACAUGGUCUUGGUCAAGUCACUGAAGAUCCACCAAGUGUUUUCAAUAUGCCUGAAGCAGACUUAAAAAGAAUUUUUUGGGUAUUAUCUCUUCCUAUUAUUACAUUACUUUUUCUAACAACACCAGAUUGUAGAAGAAAGUUUUGGAAAGGCUACUUUGUGAUAACCUUUUUCAUGUCUGCACUAUGGAUAUCUGCAUUUACCUACAUCCUGGUUUGGAUGGUCACAAUAACAGGGGAAACACUAGCAAUUCCAGACACGGUAAUGGGCCUUACUUUAUUAGCAGCAGGAACAAGCAUACCAGACACCAUCGCAAGUGUGCUGGUUGCACGGCAAGGUAAAGGAGACAUGGCUAUAUCUAACAUUGUGGGAUCCAAUGUGUUUGAUAUGCUAUGCCUAGGUGUUCCCUGGUUUAUUAAAACUGUGUUUACAAAUGCAUCAGCUCCUGUAGAAGUAAACAGCAAAGGACUCACUUAUAUAACCAUCUCCCUCAACAUUUCAAUUAUUUUUCUUUUUUUAGCAGUUCAUUUUAAUGGCUGGAAACUAGACAAAAAACUGGGAGUAGUUUGCCUAUCAUUAUACGUGGGGCUUGCUGUAUUAUUGGUUCUAUAUGAACUUGGAAUUAUUGGAAAUAAUAAAGUAAAGGGCUGUGGCGGUUGAUAUUAGUAGUAGUGUUAUGUGGAAACUGUGAAUGGUGGGGAGGGACAGAGAAGCAAACAUCCACGUCUUCAUUUAAAUCAAAUAAAAAUCCUGAACUUUAGAAUCUUCAGCUUACUUGCAGUAAUUCUUUAUCACCAAAGAAAAGUACUUUAAAGCCAACCAGAAUCAUAUCCUAAUGUCUGAACCUUUUCUUUUCAUGUACUAUUAUAUAUUAUAAAACAAAUUUUGAAAAAACCACCUAUCUUUUACCUUACAAUAAGUUGAUAAAAGCUGGGAAAAUGAGAACAAACAAAUCCUACUAUGUCAUAUCGAAAUCAACAAGAAAA